AUGACAGAAAAGACUCGCACAAGCUUCAAGCCUUCUUCUUCCUCUUCUACGGGAGGGCGAUCAAAUAAUAUCGAUAAAAGAAUCUCAUACUCAUCUGCCGCUAUAAAAGACUUAACAAAUAUUGGGUCUUUGUCUCUACAAUUACAAGAAUAUGCCAUAAUAGAAGACUUAUUAUUUGUUAUGAUGGGGAUCGAAGGCAAAUAUAUAUACGUGAGUCGUUCAAGUAAUAUGUCAAGUGAUAAAGAAAAUAGAAUCAAGGGUGUUGAAUAUGUAGUAGAUAAGUCUUUGGACAUCUCUUUAAAAGAAUUAACUGAGCGGAUUAUACCACUUGCAACAUAUUACACUUCAAUUGAUGCAUUUAUAGAAAUGUAUUCAGCUUUUGAGUAUGGAUUUGUCAACCAUGCAUUAUGUGCUGCUAUCAAAGGAUUAUUAAAGGAAUAUUUAAUACUUAUCACGCAAUUAGAGCAUCAAUUUCGAACAUCGCCCUCAUUUACCCUUCAGAAAUUCUGGUUUCACGUGCAUCCCACUUUGCACACAAUGUCCAAUAUACAUUCAUUGGUGAUGGAGAUUCAUGAAGUCGGACAAGAAGCAUUGGAAUCAGAAGAUGAUGAAAUGUUAAUUCUAGAAGAAUUUGCAAAAAAGAGCGCAAUACCGGAACAAGUGAAAGGUGGUGGAAUCCUUGGUAUUUUGGCGGAGCGACUGACUACCAUGAGUGGAGAUCCAGGCACAAAAAAGCUCUACAUUUAUUUAUUGUCUAAAGCAUCACAACCCUAUGUAUCAAUGCUACACACUUGGAUACACCACGGGGAAAUCCAAGAUCCCUAUGAGGAGUUUAUGAUACAGGAACGGAAAAAUGUCAGAAAAGAGAAUCUCAAGGAAGAUUUUAAUGAUUCUUACUGGGAACAAAGAUACACACCACGAGAAGGUACAAUACCACCUUUCUUGACGCCAUUCAAGAAUAAGAUAUUGUUGGCUGGUAAAUACUUGAAUGUCAUUAGGGAAUGUGGGAUUCCCAUUGAAGAGCCGAAGAAAGAAAAUGAUGAUGAGAAUAAUGAAAAGUCAACAUCUGUCGAUAAAACAGAUGUCAAUGUGAAUAGUGAUGUUUUGUUGGCGAUGGAUGGCGGAAAGCUUGUAGAGAGCAUUGAGAUAGCGUAUAAACGUGCUAAUCGUACUUUAUUGGAUCAACUGUUAAAAGGUCAACAGCUUCUUGCUCGAUUAAGAUCUAUCAAACGAUAUUUCUUCCUUGACCAAUCCGAUUUUUUCACUCAUUUCCUGGACCUUGCUUCCACUGAGCUCAAAAAACCUUCCAGUCAAGUAUCUUUGACAAAACUGCAAUCAUUACUUGAUUUAGUUCUACGCAAUCCAUCUUCAGUAGCGUACGCAGAUCCAUUUAAGGAAGACGUAAAGGUGGAAAUGAGUUCAGUAGGAUUAGUAGAUCAGUUGCUCCGAAUCAUUAAUGUUGCCGGAAUGGCUGAACCACUUCCUACUUCGACCUUUAGUCGCGGCCCACGCGAAACUUUCAAUAUACGCAAGGAAAGUGGCCGAAUUGGCGAGGAAAUAGAUGGCGAUGGAUAUGAGGAUGCAGAUCGAUUAGGUUAUGCUCCUAGUCUGGCUGGUAGUGUGGCUAGCAGUUUGGCUGGAAGCAUUACUGGCAGUAGUAAUAGUGGCGGGGGUAAACAAGCUUUGACUGGGAUUGAAGCUUUAUCAUUGGACUACACAGUCACUUUUCCACUUUCGUUGGUUAUAUCACGCAAAGCACUUACAAAAUAUCAGCUGCUUUUCCGACAUAUACUCUACCUGAAGCACGUAGAACAAAUCCUAUGCAGCAUUUGGACAGAGCAUUUCAAGUCUUACCAUUGGCGUGAAAGUAGCGGUCAUCUGGGCAUCGAAGCAUGGAAGAAUCGACUGUAUGUCCUAAGGCAGCGCAUGCUUGUAUUUAUCCAGCAAUUUGCUUACUAUGUCACUAACGAAGUAUUGGAACCGCAAUGGCGCACGUUGGAAGCUAAUUUUGCAAAAGUAUCCACUGUAGACCAGGUACUCGAAUACCAUACCGAUUUUUUAGAUACAUGUCUUAAAGAAUGUAUGUUGACAAAUGCGAAACUAUUACGAAUCUACUCAAAACUAGUCUACGUUUGUGUCUUAUUCGCAAACUAUACGGAUAAAUUCACGAAAAGUCUAAUAAGCCUCAAGAAUCAGCUAGCAGGAAUAAAUUCAAACACCGGCGGUAAUAAUAAUACUAGUACAGUCUCAUCACCCUCAUUGCAAACAACCAUUGAACAACAAGAGCGAACGCUAUCUAAAUUUGAAGAUAAUUUUGUAUAUCACGUCAGAUUGCUGAUUGACGCGUUGAAUUUCUACUCAGCCACAGAAACUGUUCAGUUUUUGUGUUUGGUGGUUCGACUUGAUUAUAACCAACAUUAUAGCCAAAAUAGUGUGGGUAGUGCAAAGAUUCAUUAA